AGCAUACUAAAAUGAAAGGACGUUGUCUGCAUCUUCCGAAAUCCUCAAUACAUAAUUUUAACAUAUAUAAUUUUGUUUAGUUAUCAUGAUGAGUGACCAACGAUUGGACCUUUUAUUGUUCGGUGCAAGUGGAUUUACAGGAAAUAAGUGUAUUCCGUAUCUUUAUACUAUAUCUAAGGAAAAUGGACGGAACUUGACUUGGGGAGUUAGUGGACGCUCAGAGGAGAAGUUAAGAAAAGGGUUAGAAAUGACGGGACAGAAAAUUGGUGCUGAUUUGUCAAAUAUUCCAAUAAUAGUGGCAGAUAUUAAAGACCAUGAGUCGAUCAAACAAAUGGUAAAGAAAACUAGAGUCCUAAUAAACUGUUGUGGACCAUAUAAAUAUCUAGGGAAACCUGUAGUAGAAGCAUGUAUAGCUGCUGGGACUCAUCACGUCGAUGUUACCGCUGAACCAGAAUUUGUAGAUAUGCUUUCUACGGACUGCCACGAAGCGGCUAAGGAAAAAGGUGUUUAUGUGGUAACAACGUGCGGCAUGGAAUGCAUUCCUACUGAUUUGGGUUUGACUUACCUCGAAGAAAAAUUCGACGGCGUUCUUAAUUCAUUAGUAGCAUAUUUGGAAGCCUGGCAGGACGAUAAAAGCUCAGGACCGGGAGUAGGUUAUGGAACUUGGGCCAGUCUUGUUCAUGGAAUGAAGCAUGGUACACAAUUCAGAAGGCUAAAGGAAAGAAUGUUUCCUGGUAGAAAACCUGCUCCCUUUCAACCGGAGCUAAAAGUAAACUAUUUUCCUCACCAUGCCAAAGUAGUAGACGGGUGGUCACUAGUCUAUCCUGCUGUGGAUAAGCAAGUCAUGAGAAAGUCACAAACUUAUUUAUACGAACAUGAGAAUAAGCGUCCGGUUCAAGUAGAAACUCUUAUUAAUAUUAAAAGUACACUUCAUUUAAUAGGAAUUUCUAUCGGAUUUUCGGUAUGGUUGAUGUUUGCUCAGUUUUGGUGUGGCAGAUAUCUUUUACUUAAUUACCCCCGAGCAUUUACAUACGGUCUAUUCAGCAAAGACAAAUUGCCCGAAGAUAAGAUCGUAGAAAAUUGUUGGUACCAGAUAACUUGGUACGGUGAAGGAUGGAAAGAGAAGUUGCCGGAUAAGGAUGCUCAGUAUAGUACGCCUCCUAACAAAAGUAUAGUAGCCCAACUAAAAGCGAAAAAUCCUGGAUAUGCUCUUACUUGUGCUGGCAUUGUUGGUUCAGCUGUGAUGAUCUUAACCGAACGAGAAAAACUACCACCCAGUGGAGGGGUCUAUACUCCAGGAGCUGCUUUCCGAAAGACGUCUUUGAUGAAGCUUUUGAUGGAUUAUAAAACAUUGACUAUCGAUAUUUUAAGUAUCAAUGAUCUUUAAUUUCUAUUUGUUAUUAAUAUUUAUUAA